AUGCAAAAAACCACGGCUGCAAAGAAAGAAGACCCGGAAGAACCAACUCUUACUCGGGAAGCCAGUAAUAAUGGAACCUCCAAUGAGGCAAAUGAAGUCUCCAGUGACGCAUAUGAAGUCUCCGAGGAAGAACUCGUAGCGAGUUAUGAAAACGAAAGUGAUCGUGGUAAUCUUAGAGAUGGUUCCGCUCAACCUUCCUCUUCUACGAGGCGAUCACUGAGCGAGGCUUUUGACGAUGGGGCAUCAAGAUUACACUGUGUUUGUUAUCGCGGCAACAAUGCUUUUGCUUACGGAAGACCUGAUAGAUGCCCUUUUUGUGGAAAAUAUAGUGCAAAAACUCAUCAGAGUGGGGAAACUUCUGACAGGGUUUCGGAUGAAGAAUCCGUCACAUCCUCGGCUACUAACCUUGAGGCACUUCAUCUGACUCUUGCAAGAGGGAUGGAAUCGGUACCACAAACCCACGAGACAUCUCGCGAGGUUCAAGCAGCAUCAACAACAAACAGCGCGAACAUAAAUACACUCGCUCCAUGCCCUGCCAUCAAAAGCGGAAACGUUCCAGCGGAAGGUUUUUCAGACUCGUCGGUGCCUUAUCCAUGCCAACCACAACAAGUGACACUCUAUGUGAUAAGAAACGAUCAUCAACGAUUAGAUGUAAUGACCUUUUCAGUAUACUGUGUGGAGCAGUCGAUGCAGGGCAGAGUAGCUUCGAUUGUAGGGCAGCUACAACGAGACCAAUUCUCCAGUAUACAAGUUGUUCCAUUUGGUAAUGAGUACUCUUCCCAAAAAGAAAAUAGAUAUUUUCAUCUUCUGAACUUGGAAAAUGAAAUAACAAUAACAUUCGAGUUGUGGAGGGAAGCACAGAAGAGAUUCCGACUGCAGGAGGAGCAGAGACCUUUCCAGGUUCCAUUGGUUCACAUUAUGUCCUUGAGCCAGAACAGAAUUCCUAGUCCUCUUGUGCAGGUACAUGUGAAACCUCGUUGUGAACCUGGAGAACUUUGCCAGGACCACUUGAGAAUGACACUGGCGUACGGAAGAACUACUCAACGCAUGUUGAUACCAAUAUGGUCUGCCAGACCACCCGAAUCCACUUAGAAAGGUUCUCUGCAUCUGUUGUCAUUGGAGGAUUGACCGUAAAUACCAGUCUACAGCAUAUUACUUAUAAUACUUUGAAUUUUUUUUAUAAUACUCCAUCCGUAGUAUAUUUCAUAAUUAAAAGGAGCUACGUUACAUUUCAUGCACCUCUAAAAGUUAGCCUUCGACCAACCUUUUAGUAGAGAAAUCGUAGCCAGGAUUCAGAUGUUGUAACAGUCUUUAGAUAAAAUGAUUUGAAGACAAAAAUCAGCUUUUAGAAGCAGGCCACUAUGAGAAGCCACUACUUUGAACAAGUUAAUUUUUUUCUCGUCUUUUCUUGCAAUCUGUUUAAGUUUUCUUCUGUCUUUUAUCCCUUUUUGUUACUUUUCAGCUGACAAUUUCAGUUUUGGUCUAGUUACAUUUGACUGACUGUUGUUUUUUUAAACAAUGAAAGCAAUUUUGCUUAUCACAGUAAGCAACUUGAAAGCAGAGUGACGUAGCUCCUUUAUAGAGGUCAAGAGACAAACGAAGGAUAGAAAAAUGUCUUAGAUUAGGAAAUCUAUAACCACUCUUGCAUGAUUACCAAAAAAAGCAAAAAACAAAAAAAAAUUAGACAACAGGAUGGAGUGACUUUCCUUAAGUCUUAAUUGUAGAUCUUUCACUUCAUUAGCGAAAGUGAACAACAGAGAAGAAGUAGAAUUAGUAUAAGUAUGCUGGUCAUGACUAUUUCAAUGUUGUCUGUAGCCCAGCCUAACACCAAACAUUCUAUCCUCACGCUCACCUUGAGAAAUUGGGUGACAGAGGCUAUAGUUCAGUUAUUAAAUGUAAGGUGUUUUGGCGAAAAGGCCCAAGUAACUUCUGAUGGAAUUCUGCAACAGCAUCUGGGUUGCAUUAUAUGUGCAUGAAAUGAUCAAAGAAGUUGAAUGGAAACAAGGACUCACUUGGGACCUUUUCUUUAAAUCCCUGCAAUGAUUGUUUGGGUAAAAUUGCAAUGCUUCAUGAAAGCUGAAACUCUUGAAAGCGAUUAACACUGGAAAGUAAUACUAACAGUGUUAGAAAAUCCAAAUUUGCCUUUUUGAGAAUUCCAUGACUUCUUUCAGCCCUAUGUUUUCACACGCACACAAACAGGUUCAUUUAUGGCCCAAAGUUUGUUUGUUUGGUUUUUUUUUAACAAAUCAGAAAGGAAAUUAAACCUUGUUGAGUGUGUGAUAUUGCUCCUUUUGUAAUAGGCUAUAUUUGAUCAAAACCUGCAAUAUAUCAGUGUGGAAUUCUCAAAAGGGACCUACAGUGGCUGAUAACAAUUUAUCGAAGAUCUUUGACAAAAAUUGAAUAUGAUACCACCACCCAUAGAAUGGAUUAGUAAUAUAGACUGCAACAUAGACUAUAACUGCUGUUGUAUCAAGGAAGUACUCACCAUCAUAAAACAAAAUAGCUUACCAAAACACACCACAAUUUGUCAACAAUACUGAGUUAAGAAAAUCUAUGGACAUGUUCUUCCAUACAGACCACAAUUAUUACCUUGAAAUACAUGUACUGAGCAGUGGGUGGUGGUGUCAUAUGAAAUCUAAUUAUCAAAGAUCUGUAGAUUGUUUCAGCCAACAUGGAGCCUGGUGUAAACUAAGCAAUAUUAUCACCACUUCCAAGUUGUGAUAGUAUUGCUUUGACUACACAAGGCUGAGAGCUGUCAGCAUGAUAAGCCUUAAUUCAAAUUUGCAAGCUAGUUUAAUUGUUAUAGGAUUGUUAUGUAUUUAAUUAGUACAAUAAUUAUCUCUUUCACGUUAAGUAAACAUUUAUCAUAAUUCUUAAGUUUGGCUUUCCAUUCUGACAGCUGCAUAAAUACAUGACAUUCAUUCAUGACCUUAAAAUAUGAUCAUGUUCUCUCAAGCCAUAUCAAAAUUCAUGUUUGGUGUAACUCUAAAAAUUUUCUUGUGCAUUUAAUAUCACACUAGAUUACAAUUCUUGUAGCUGCCCAUAUUAAGCCUCAUAAUUUUUUCAAAAUGAUCUGUCAGUCCUGAUUGUUGCCAAAUUACUUGAAAGUCAUCAUAAGUAGAUAAGGUAUUGGCCAUGAAUGAAUGUCAUGUAUUUGUCACUUGUACAUUGUUUUUUAAUAAUAUAAAUAGUCAGUGUGGUUAACUAUCACAUUCAGAAAACUAAGAACAUCUGAAAUAUAACCAAAAUGUUUAAUGUGUUAUGACAAGUUAAAGACAUUUCUGUCAGAAAGCAGAGAAAAACUAGAAAACCACAAGUUAUUUACUGUUCAAUUUAAUAAUUUAGUUAUCUCACUCAACACAGCUAGAAAUACAAGAAAUAAUUUCAGAGUUCACUGUUUUCUGAACAUGAUAGUUAACCAUUAGACAGCCAAGUCUGCAAGACCAAGUAAUUGUAACAAUUCUUUAUCUAAGUUUAUUUGCUGACCUUGAAGUUAGAUCAUUUUUAUGUCAAGUGGGAAUGUGGUUUCGAUUUUUCUAUUUUUGCUUGAUCAUUUAUAGUAGUGUUAAUGUUACUUCAUAGCAAAAUGUUUUUGUGAAUUGGUUUUACAAGUAACUCACAAUGCAGCUUAUGAAUGUUUAUUUUUUUAUUUUUUUGGGUGAACCAUAGACAAGUUUUGAUUAAUUAAGUAAAUUUGCUGUGUGCUUAAUUAUUUCUAUCUUAGAUCAUGAAUAAGUAAUAAAUAAAUAAGUAAUUAACACUUUCUUUCAUUCUUCAGACUUGGCUGUUGUAUAUAAAACUAAAGAGCAUGACAGGGUCACAUGGGAUCACAAAAUUUAUCUUCUUAAUUUUAUGUUUCCCAUUUCUUUCUUUCAUAUACUCAAGAAAAUAAGAAUUUGUAUUCCCAAGUGACCAAUAUCACACAGGCAUUGAUGAAUUAGCUAAUGGUGACAAUGUGUUUCAAAGAAAAUCUGGGUGGUAGUCUCAUUACAUUUUUAAUUUACCUUUGUUAAUUGUGGAGAAAGCAAACACAAAAAUACUUAUAUCUACUUUUCAUUUUUCAAUGUCAUUUAGAAGUAACAGGAGAAAUCCCUGCAGUUCAUCAAUAUCUGUGCAAUAUUCAUGUUCUUGCGUGAAACUUUUUGUAAGGUUUUAAGUAUACUGUAAAUGAAGGAUAUGCACACAACAGAUAUGUAGUAAUAACCCCUGCUAUAAGAACAUCUGGCUCUUUCAUUUUCCCUAUCCUUUUUGAAAAACACAGUUGUCCUAAGCUCACAUUUCAAGAAAAAGCAAACAAUUAAUUCAUGAAAGCAUCACAAGCUGUGUGAUGCAGUGUUAAGUUAUGCAAGGAACGGUUGAGAAUUUGUAUGCAUCACAUGGAAUAGUAAGGACAAAGAUAUAUGGCUGAUUAAAACGCUAAAUAUUCCAAACUAGGCAUAUUCCGCAUACAAGAUUAAUACAACUUACUCACUCCUCAUGUGAGCACAACAGACACACAAGGAGUGAGUAAUUUUCAUUGAUCUUACACAUUGAAUGUUUCUAUUUCUGUAUAUUUGGCAUUGUUAAUCAACUAUAUUUCUUUCUCUUUACUAUUCCUUGUAAAGCAUUCAAACUCUCAAUGGUUCCUUGUGUAACUUAACACUGUGUCACACAGCAUGUGACGCUUUCAUGAAUUAAUCUUUUGCUUUUUCUGGAGAUGUGAGCUAGGGAUGCUAGUGCAACAACAUGCAAACUAUAGAGUUGGAGAUGGAUAACUGCAUAUCUGUUUCACGCUGCCAACUAUAUGUCUCAUGUUGCAGACUUCUUGGUAGACAGGUGUGCCAUCAUGCAACAUGCAAAAGGUCAUUUCUUGAGAAAGGAUGGGAUGGGGGAAUAGAACUCUUUAAUUCUGGUCAACGAUUGACAGCAGCAUGAAUGAAAUCGCAAGUCUAGCUCUGAGCCUUAAAGUAAGCAUGCUUUUAAAAAGCACAGGAAUCAAAACUACAUAUAAAAAAGAUCUUUAAGCAUGAUUGGUCAUCAGUCAACCCCUACCUUGACAGGCUAAUACCAUUUGUAGGUUGUGCAUAUUCUGUUUCUUCUGUUUUUUUGUUAGCAUACACUUUGUCCCUAUAUAAUCAAACCUAUAUACCUUUAAGUUAGUGAGAAUAAAACUGAAAGCAUACUGAAA